GAGAAGGGCAAUUUCGAUAAUACGGAAAACUCGCGGGACAAAAACGUCCAACAAAAAGAAAACCAAAAACUAUAAGGGCAAAACGAUGUCGUUUGGAGGCAAUGGAGAGAUGGAGUCGCUGGACUUGCCGGAGUGCCCGGUGUGUUUGCAGAACUACGACGGCGAGUACACAAUUCCGCGCGUGCUCGCCUGCGGUCACUCGGCGUGCGAGGCCUGCCUGGUCAGGCUUCCCGAGCGCUACCCUGAGACUAUUCGCUGCCCGGCGUGCACCCAACUUGUUAAGUACCCCCCACUGGGCCCCACCGCUCUGCCCAAGAACAUCGACCUCCUCUCCUUCUCCCUCUCCCUAAACCCUAACCCUAAUUCUCGCAGUUCCCAGAAUCCCCAAAAACAAUCCACCGAUGGAGUUUGUAAAUUCCUGCCUCGCAUUUGGUCCGAUGAGUUUUAUGACACCUGGAAGGAGUGGGUGCUUCCGAACGACUCCCUAUCGGUGGAAACAGAAGUUGGUGAUGUAACAAGAGAUGGGCUCUGUACUGUGUUGAAAGGAAGAACUGGUUCUGGUUCUGGUUUUGGUUUGGGGUCGGGUCGGGUUUAUUUUAGAGAGGAUCAGAGUGUGAGCUUUGUUCAGGUUGGUUCAUUACCGAAUUCGGGUAGUUCUGGUUUUGAGUUAAGUUACAUUGCAAGGGUUAUGAAGUGUUUGAGUGGAAUGAGAGAGGGAGAGAGAAACGAAUUGGGUCUGUUGCUUAGAGCUUCUGUGAGACAGUGUAGGAAAGUUGGUAAAGUUUAUGGCUUGUGGGGUAAUUCGGAAGAUGGGUUUUUGUAUGUGGUGUGUGAGAGAAGAAAUGGGAGUUUUUCAGAGAAGUUGAAUGAGUUGAGAGAUGGGGAUGGUUUUGGUACAGAUGGGUUGUCUGCUUUUGCAAUGAUUGCUAUGGAGGUGUGUGAGGCAGUGACUGGUUUGCACUCAGAGGGGUUUGCUUCUGGUUGUUCUGGUGUUUCAUGCUUUGGUUUCGAUGAUUUUGGUCACGUUUUUGUGGAUUUGAGUGAAGUCUUGGUGACAGGAAGGAAGGCUUGGAGAAGUGUUGUAGAUUCUGUUUCUGGUACAAUGGGAAUUGAUGCUGAAGUAUUGGGAGUGACCUUUGGGAAGUUAUUGAAAGAUGACGUUUUCGUUAGCCCAGAGGUGUUGUUUGAGGCGUUGCAGAAAGAAGGCAUUGCAGUAGAAUGUGACAGCUCAAGAUAUCUGGUUGGAUAUGGUUCGGAUGUUUAUUCAUUAGCUUGUGUGUUGGUGAGGCUGCUUCUUGGAAAAGAAUUUAGUGAAGAGAUUGUGAAAACUAGUGAAAACCUUUUUCGUGAUCAUUCAACUCAUGCAAGCUGGAUUGAAAGAGUUAGUGCUUUGCUGGAGAUUAGAUUCGGUUCAGAAUAUGCAUCACUGAAAGAGAAUCUUUGCAAUUGUUUGAAUUUCAAUCCAGAAAGUCGACCACUUGUGAUUGAUGUGAUGAAAUGCAUUAGGGAACUGAUUAUUAAACCUCGAUGUGAUAUCACGGCCGGUUUGGAUGGGGUAGUUAAGGACGAGAGCACAAAUUGUUGCUUGAUUCUGGGGGAACUGUGUCAUAUACCCAAGCAAAUAUCAGAAACACAGAAAGAAAAUGAGUUGCAAGGAAGUAAUGUCAGUGGAGGAGAAGAUUUUGAUCAAGUUGGGGAUGAGAGGACUAACAAUGGUGUUGUUGAUGGCCUCGCAGAGGGGAAGGUCAAAUCUAAAGUUAUGCAGGGCCAUCGUGACUCCAUUACAGGAUUAGCUGUUGGAGGGGAACUUCUGUUUAGCUCCUCAUUUGAUAAAACCAUCCAUGUAUGGUCUUUACAGGACUUCUCUCAUGUACAUACAUUUAAAGGUCAUGAGCAUGCCAUCAAGGCUCUCAUUUAUGUAGAUGAAGAGCAGCCCCUGUGCAUCAGUGGUGACAGUGGAGGUGGCAUAUUUAUCUGGGGCACAUGUACCCCUCUUGGGCAAGAGCCUUUAAAGAUAUUGUAUGAGGAGAAAGAUUGGCGCUUUAGUGGUAUUCAUGCCUUGGCCUCCAGAAAUGGAUAUGUUUAUACUGGCAGCGGAGAUAGAACAGUAAAAGCAUGGUCAGUACGGGAUGGCACCCUGUCAUGCACCAUGUCUGGUCAUAGAUCAGUAGUUUCAACACUUGCAGUUUGUGAUGGUGUUCUUUAUAGCGGAAGUUGGGAUGGAACCAUCCGAUUAUGGAGUCUUAGCGAUCACAGUCCUUUGACAGUACUAGAGGAAGACACAUCUGGAACUGUGACCUCUGUCUUAUCUCUUGCUGUUGACAGGCAUUUGCUUAUAGCAACCCAUGAAAAUGGAUGUGUAAAGGUCUGGAGGAAUGAUGUGUUCAUGAAAUCCAUUAAAAUGCACAAUCGUGCAGUAUUUGCUAGUGGCAUGGAAGGCAAAUGGCUUUUCACAGGAGGCUGGGAUAAAACUGUAAACAUACAGGAAUUGUCUGGCGAUGAGAUUCAAAUAGAUUACAGGCCUGUUGGAUCUAUCCCCUGUGAUUCUGUCAUAACAACUUUGUUAAGCUGGCAAGGAAAGCUUUUUGUUGGACAUGCUAAUAGGAACAUCAUGGAAAAUUUGGGUCUUCUUACGAAAACUUGGAGUGACGUUACUAGUUUAAACAGCUGGGUUGUUCGGGACUAUUACCGCCUUGUGAGCUCUGUUAACUCCCUUGAGCCCCAAAUUCAGAGACUCACCGAUGACCAGCUUACUGCUAAAACUGCAGAGUUCCGGCAAAGGCUGGGGAAGGGCGAGACACUUGCAGAUAUCCAAGCUGAGGCUUUUGCUGUCGUUCGUGAAGCUGCAAAAAGGAAGCUCGGUAUGCGUCAUUUUGAUGUGCAGAUUAUAGGUGGGGCGGUGCUUCAUGAUGGGUCCAUUGCAGAAAUGAAAACGGGAGAAGGAAAAACGUUAGUUUCCACAUUAGCAGCAUAUCUUAAUGCGCUGACUGGUGAAGGUGUUCAUGUGGUAACUGUAAAUGAUUACCUUGCUCAACGAGAUGCUGAGUGGAUGGGUCGUGUUCAUCGCUUCUUAGGUCUCACUGUGGGCCUUGUUCAGAGGGGGAUGACAGCUGAAGAGAGGAGAUCCAACUAUAGCUGUGACAUAACUUACACUAAUAAUUCGGAACUUGGUUUUGACUAUCUACGAGAUAACCUUGCUGGAAGCAGUGGACAACUUGUUAUGAGAUGGCCAAAGCCAUUUCAUUUUGCCAUAGUUGAUGAAGUUGACUCUGUUCUUAUUGAUGAAGGACGAAAUCCAUUGCUAAUUAGUGGGGAGGCUAGUAAGGAUGCUGCACGGUAUCCUGUUGCUGCUAAAGUGGCUGAUUUGCUUGUGCGAGACAUUCAUUACAAGGUAGAACUUAAAGAUAACUCAGUUGAGUUGACUGAAGAAGGAAUAGCUCUUGCUGAGAUGGCCCUUGAAACAAAUGACUUAUGGGAUGAAAAUGAUCCGUGGGCUAGAUUUGUGAUGAAUGCAUUGAAGGCUAAAGAGUUCUAUCGGCAAGAUGUGCAAUAUAUUGUCAGAAAUGGGAAGGCUCUCAUAAUAAAUGAGCUAACUGGCAGAGUUGAAGAGAAGAGAAGGUGGUCUGAGGGGAUUCAUCAGGCUGUGGAGGCUAAAGAAGGCUUGGAGAUUCAGGCUGAUUCGGUGGUUGUGGCACAAAUCACUUAUCAAUCUCUAUUCAAGCUCUACCCAAAACUUUCAGGGAUGACUGGGACUGCAAAAACUGAAGAGAAAGAGUUCUUAAAAAUGUUCCAAGUGCCAGUUAUUGAAGUACCAACAAAUCUGCCAAACAUUCGUAAUGAUUUACCUAUUCAAGCUUUUGCGACUGCUCAAGGGAAGUGGGAAUAUGUUCGUCAAGAGGUGGAAUACAUGUUCAGACAGGGGCGUCCUGUUUUAGUUGGGAGCACCAGUGUUGAGAAUUCUGAGUACUUGUCUGAUCUACUGAAGGAGCAGAAUAUCCCACACAAUGUUCUAAAUGCACGGCCUAAGUAUGCGGCAAGGGAGGCUGAAAUUGUUGCCCAAGCAGGACGAAAAUAUGCCAUUACCAUUUCUACCAACAUGGCUGGCAGAGGCACUGACAUAAUUCUAGGAGGAAAUCCAAAAAUGCUUGCAAAAGAGAUCAUAGAGGACAGUUUAAUUUCGUUCCUGACACGAGAAGCUCCUAAUGUUGACGUUGAUGGAGAGGCAAUUUCACAAAAGGUAUUGUCCAAGAUAAAGGUCGGUCCAUCAUCAUUAGCUUUUCUGGCUAAGACAGCGUUAAUGGCUAAGUAUGUUUCAAAAAAUGAAGGCAAGAGCUGGACAUAUAAGGAGGCAAAAUCUAUGAUAUCGGAGUCUGUGGAAAUGAGUCAGUCAAGGGAUUUGAAGGAGUUAGAGAGGCUUGUUGGUGAACAGUCGGAGAUGUACCCUCUUGGCCCUACAAUUGCACUUGCUUAUCUGUCAGUUCUGAAGGAUUGCGAGGUACACUGUCUCAAAGAAGGGUCUGAAGUAAAAAAGCUCGGGGGUCUUCAUGUGAUUGGAACAUCUUUGCAUGAGUCUCGGAGAAUAGAUAACCAGCUUCGAGGCAGAGCAGGAAGGCAAGGUGACCCUGGAUCAACACGAUUUAUGGUGAGUUUGCAGGACGAGAUGUUUCAAAAGUUUAAUUUUGAUACUGAGUGGGCUGUGAGGCUUAUUUCCAAAAUUACAAAUGAUGAGGAUAUGCCAAUUGAAGGUGAUGCAAUUGUUAAACAGCUCCUGGCCCUGCAAAUUAAUGCAGAGAAGUACUUCUUUGGCAUAAGGAAGAGCCUUGUUGAGUUUGAUGAAGUAUUAGAGGUACAGAGAAAGCAUGUCUAUGAACUUAGACAGUCCAUUUUAACUGGUGAUAAUGAAAGUUGUUCCCAGCACAUAUUCCAGUACAUGCAAGCAGUGGUAGAUGAAAUUGUCUUUGCAAAUGUUAACGCACAGAAGCAUCCAAGAAAUUGGAGUUUGGGUAAGCUUUUGAAGGAGUUUAUGACAAUUUCUGGGAAACUACUGGAUGAUUCAUUUGCAGGAAUUACAGAGGAAGCUUUAUUAAAAUCUCUUGCACACUCACAUGAACUAAACUCUAUAGAUCUUGAUGACAAUCACUUUCCAAACUUGCCAAGACCGCCAAAGGCCUUCAGAGGAAUCCGCAAGAAGAGCUCUUCAUUGAAACGUUGGCUUGCUAUAUGCUCUGAUGAUUUGACUAAGAACGGACGGUACCAUGCUACUACUAGCCUCCUCCGCAAGUACUUUGGAGAUUUUUUAAUUGUUUCAUACUUGGAUGUUAUUGAAGAGUCUGGUUACGAUGAUGCAUAUGUGAAGGAAGUUGAAAGAGCAGUUCUGGUGAAAACCCUUGAUUGUUUCUGGAGGGACCAUCUUGUAAACAUGAACAGGCUCAGUUCAGCGGUAAACGUAAGGAGUUUUGGGCACAGGAAUCCUCUUGAAGAAUACAAAAUUGAUGGUUGUCGAUUUUUCAUAUCUAUGCUUAGUGCAACACGAAGGUUGACAGUAGAAUCACUUUUGCAGUAUUGGUCAUCCCCAAUGGAGUCCCAAGAAAUAUUUCUAUCAUAAAUAUGGAAUUCUUGACACAUUAAAAUUUUUGGAUGGUCGUUCCAAAGAACCGUGAUUUGCAUCUUUUUGAAAAUUUCAAUUCAAGGUUUUGGCUUUAUUCCCAUCAUUCCAAGGUUGAGAAGUCACUUGGUCAUCUGUUGUCAAAAUUGGGCAAUCUCUCUAUCGGGAGGCAUCUGGAAAAGAUCCGUUUAGACCUGAUCAGAA